AAUAAAAUUAAAUCACAUUUCAAUUUUUAUUCCUUCAGGUUCUUUUUCUCUUUCUCUCUCUUUUUUUCUUCUAUAAAACUAUGUCUGACGAUAAGCAACCACCUACUGAAAAAGAAAUCCAAGAUUUAGCCAAAAAGGUUGAUAAACUUGUCUCAAGUAAAAAAGUCAAGCAGUUGAUGAAAAAUCCUUCUGCUGCUGCUGCUGCUGGUCCUUCAGACCCUCAACAAGCUGAAGCUUUAAAAGCACAACUUCGACAAAUGAUGGAAAGUAUGGCUUUAUUAGAAAGAAGCGGCAAAAUAAAGACAACUGGAAAAAAAGAUCUCGGUAGUCACCAGUUCUGGAAGACCCAACCUGUGCCUGCUUAUGAGGAAGAUAUUGUCGAAUCUGGCCCUAUUGAGCCUGAUACGCCUUAUGAUGAAAUUAGAAAGGAACCCAUGUCUUUACCCAAAGAAUUUGAAUGGUGUGAAAUUGAUAUGACAGAUGAAAAACAAGUCAAAGAACUCUAUGAUCUCUUAACUUUCAAUUAUGUCGAGGAUGAUGACGCUCAGUUUAGAUUCGAUUAUUCUGCCGAAUUCCUCAAGUGGGCUUUGUUACCUCCUAACUGGAAACAAUCAUGGCUGCUCGGUGUUCGUGUUGCUUCUAACAAGAAGCUUGUGGCUUUUAUUAGUGGUGUACCUGUUGCUUUGAGAACUUAUGAAACUAUCCAUCAUUUGACAGAAAUCAACUUUUUAUGUGUCCACAAAAAAUUGAGAUCAAAGCGUUUAGCACCAGUGCUCAUUAAGGAAAUUACACGUAGAAGUCACCUUGAAGGUGUCUUUCAGGCUGUUUACACAGGUGGUGUUGUUCUUCCCAAACCUGUAUCUACAUGUCGCUACUAUCAUCGUUCUCUUAACCCCAAGAAAUUAGUUGAAUGCAACUUUUCCCGUGUUCCACCCAGAUCCACUCUAUCUCGUAUGAUCAAGAAUUACAAGGUACCUGAAAAGACAAGUACACCUGGAUUAAGAGAAAUGCGUAAAGAAGAUGCUCCUCAAGUCCGUGAAUUGCUCAACAAGUACUUGGCUCGCUUUGAUUUUGCUCCUGUGUUUGAAACAGACGCUGAUGUUGAACAUUGGGUCUUGCCUCAUGAGAAGGUUGUCUGGAGUUAUGUGGUUGAAGAAGACAAGAAAAUUACAGACGUAUUUUCGUUCUACUCUCUUCCAAGCUCUGUUAUUGGUAACCCUAAGCAUUCUACCUUGAAUGCUGCAUACAUGUUUUAUUAUGCAGUUACUGUUCCUGAUGAAUUGGAUGAACAAGAAAAAGAAAAGUUGAUUGCAAAAAGAUUAAACCAACUGAUUGCGGAUGCGUUGGUCUUGGCUAAAAAGGCUGAUUUUGAUGUUGUAAACACACUUGAUUUAAUGGACAAUGCAAAAUUUGUUGAAGAACAAAAGUUUGGUAAUGGUGAUGGCUAUUUGAAUUACUACAUGUAUAACUGGAGAUGCCCUGAUGUUCCUAAGCACAAGAUUGGUUUAGUCAUGCUUUAAACUGUAUUAAUAAAAAAUAUCAUAAUGAUUUUUAAUCAAAACAAA